AUGAAGGCCUUCAGUGUUGCAUUUGCAGUCGUCCUCGCAUGUAUGUUCAUCCUUGAAAGCAUCGCUCUUCUUUUCUCCGAGAUUUGGAGAAAAAAUGACGAGGUUGGAAGCAUUGACAGUCCAGUUGGGGAACAUCAACAGCCAGGCGCUUGUUCCCUCUUUUCUUCAUUUUCUUUUCUUGGCGGGAUACAGGAGCAUUUCAGGUUCAAGCGUCAGAGCCACCUCUCCCUGUGCCGUUGGUGCUGCAACUGCUGUCACAACAAGGGCUGUGGCUUCUGCUGCAAAUUCUGAGGACCUGCCUGCACUAAAACCAUCUUAUUAACUUAUUGCCUUUAAUUUCCCCCCUAUUCUUCUACAUUUCUUUUGGACUCUGUGGAGAAGAUGCUAUCUCAUUGAUGUCUUUCUCACUGCACAACCUCAGUCUUGUACAUAAAUGUUUUGUAUCAUGUUGUAUAUCU